GUGGCUUGGGUGACAUCAGCUCAGGGCAUGAAUGAACAGGACUGAAGUUUCCCACAAACUCCCAUUCAGUUGCUCAUGGCAGGAGGGCGCAGAUAAGGAACCAGCCGCCGCCGGAGACACUCGGGUCUUCCCAGCCUCGCCCGAGGGCCCGAAGCUAGAACCAUGAAAGGCGGAUGGGCACAAGCGCCCGUCUACAUCGCCCUCCUGCUGCUCCCCAGCGCCCUGCUCGGCUCCCGGGCCAAAGAAGUUGUCCUGCUGGAUUUUGCCAAAGCCCACGGGGAGCUCGGCUGGCUGACCCAUCCCUAUGGGAAGGGGUGGGACCUCCUCCAGAACGUCAUGAACGAAUCCCUCAUCUACAUCUACUCAGUCUGCAACGUGAUGGAAGGCGACCAGGACAACUGGCUGCGGACCAACUGGAUCUACCGCAGCGAGGCUGAGCGCAUCUUCAUCGAGCUGAAGUUCACGGUGCGGGACUGCAACAGCUUCCCGGGUGGGGCCAGCUCCUGCAAGGAGACCUUCAACCUGUACUACACUGAGUCAGACGUGGACUACGGCACCAACUUCCAGAAGCGCCAGUUCAGGAAGAUCGCCACCAUUGCGCCCGACGAGAUCACCGUGCGCGACGACUUCGCCUCCCGCAACGUCAAGCUCAACAUGGAGGUGCGCUCAGUGGGGCCUCUGAGCCGCAAGGGCUUCUACCUGGCCUUCCAGGACAUCGGGGCCUGUGUGGCCCUGCUCUCCGUCCGCAUCUACUACAAGAAGUGCCCCAGCGUGCUGCAGAACAUGGCGCUCUUCCCCGAGACCAUCGCUGGCGCCGACUCACAGGUGCUGGCCAAGGUCGGGGGCACGUGCGUGGAGGACGCGGUGGCCAGCGAGGAGCCCAGCAUGCAUUGCAACUCGGACGGGGAAUGGCUGGUGCCCAUCGGGCAGUGCCUGUGUCGGGAGGGCUACGAGAAAGUGGAGGAGAGCUGCAAAGCCUGCCCUGCUGGGUUCUUCAAGCCGGACAUCUCUGGUGAUGCCUGCUCCAUGUGUCCCCUGCACACGCUCUCCUCUCCUGAAGGUUCCACCGAGUGUCCAUGUGAGGAAGGCUAUUUCCGGGCGGCAGAUGAUCCAGUGUCUUUUCCCUGCACCCGUCCCCCUUCCGCCCCCCACAACGUCAUGGCCAUCGGCUUGGGUGCUAAGGUGCAGCUGCGCUGGUCCCCGCCCCACGACACGGGGGGCCGUAAGGAUGUCACCUACAGUGUCACUUGUGAGCAGUGCUCACCGGAGUCGAGGGACUGUCGGCCCUGUGACAACAGCAUCCGUUACUCGGACCAGCCCCAGGGGCUGACCAGGACAUCUCUAACUGUCAGCGACCUGGAGCCACAUGUUAAUUACACCUUCACCGUGGAGGCCAGGAACGGGGUGUCUGCCUACGGCACCAGCCACAGCUAUGGCACUGCGAGCAUCAGCGUCAACCAGACAGAGCCUCCCCGGGUGACAUCGGUGAAUUUGGACAGCCAGACUGAAACCAGCCUGAGCAUCUCCUGGACCGUCCAGCCCCGGCAGCAGAGCCGCGUCUGGAAGUAUGAGGUCACCUACAGCAAGAAGAUGGAUGAGAACAGCUACUCGGUCCUGCGCUCUGAAGGGAACUCGGUGACCCUCUCCAAGCUCGCACCGGGCACCAAGUACUUGGUGCGGGUCCAGGCCCUGACACAAGAAGGCCAGGGGACCUACAGCAUGGAGUAUGAGUUUGAGACGCGUGCUGAGGGCUCCGAGGGCAUGAACACGGCAGCCGUGGUCGGCGGCUCUAUCUCCGGGAUCGUUUUGAUACUGGCCUUGGUAGCUGUUGUCCUCUACCUUCACCGAAGGAGAAGGCGCUCACGGGCCCGUCAGUCGUCCGAGGAUGUUUAUUUCUCCAAGUCUGAACAGCUGAAGCCCCUGAAGACCUAUGUGGACCCCCACACCUAUGAAGACCCCAACCAAGCAGUGCUGAAAUUUACAACCGAGAUUCACCCCUCGUGCAUCACCCGGCAGAAGGUGAUCGGUGCAGGCGAAUUCGGGGAAGUUUACAAGGGGACACUGAAACACGGGAAGAAGGACGUCCCGGUGGCAAUCAAGACCCUGAAGGUUGGCUACACGGAGAAGCAGCGCAUCGACUUCCUGAGCGAGGCCAGUAUCAUGGGCCAGUUCUGCCAUCACAACAUCAUCCGGCUGGAGGGCGUCGUCUCCAAGUACAAACCUUUCAUGAUCAUCACUGAGUACAUGGAGAAUGGAGCCCUGGACAAGUUCCUGCGGGAGAAGGACGGUGAGUUCUGCAUGAUCCAGCUAGUGGGCAUGCUGCGGGGCAUCGCUGCGGGCAUGAAGUACCUGGCCAGCAUGAACUAUGUGCACCGGGACCUGGCUGCCCGCAACAUCCUCGUCAACAGCCAGCUGGUCUGCAAGGUGUCUGACUUUGGCCUGUCCCGCGUCCUAGAGGAUGAUCCUGAGGCCACGUACACCACCAGUGGCGGCAAGAUCCCCAUACGCUGGACGGCCCCGGAAGCCAUCUCCUACCGGAAGUUCACCUCGGCCAGCGACGUGUGGAGCUACGGCAUCGUCAUGUGGGAGGUGAUGUCCUACGGCGAGCGGCCCUACUGGGAGCUCUCCAACCAUGAGGUCAUGAAAGCCAUCAACGAAGGCUUCCGGCUCCCCGCCCCCAUGGAGUGCCCUUCUGCCAUCUACCAGCUGAUGAUGCAGUGCUGGCAGCAGGAGAGGAGCCGCCGGCCCAAGUUCAAUGACAUCGUCAGCAUCCUUGACAAACUCAUCCGGGCCCCCGAGUCACUCAAGACCUUGGCGGACUUCGACCCCCGGGUGUCCAUCCGCCUGCCCAGUACCAGCGGCUCGGAGGGCCUUCCCUUCAGGACUGUCUCCGAGUGGCUGGACUCCAUCAAAAUGAACCAGUACACGGAGAAUUUCCUAUCAUGCGGCUACAACGCCAUCGAGAAAGUGGUGCAGAUGAGCAACGAUGACAUUAAGAAAAUUGGGGUGCGCCUGCCGGGUCACCAGAAACGCAUCGCUUACAGCCUGCUGGGGCUGAAGGAGCAGGUGAGCACGGUUGGCAUCCCUAUCUGAGCAGAAGCCAGCCCCAGCCCUGGCUGCCUCGUCACCUGCGUGGAGAAGGAAUCACUACGGGAGAGAAAGCGACACUUGGCGGCUCUGCAAACUGGGAAAUACUUGAAGUGGAGAAUUGAAGUGCGCUUGGCAUCGUUCCCUAGCCAAGAGCCUCUGAGAACACUGACCUCCUGGAUGGCAGUGCCCAGAGCAGAGUCAGCCAGUCUCUCAUCCCAUUAGUAUUGGGUGAUCUCUUCCGUACCUAGAAACUGCAACCGCUGCUUUGCAAUGUUAGCCGGCUCCAGGGGGAGGCGCUAGGCCACAGCCUGUUCUGAAGGAACGCCCUCCUUGGGUUUGAUCAGGGCACCAGCUGCCAUCCUUGGAAAGCGUUCCAGCUGCCCUGCUGGCAGCCUUGUGGCUGGAUGUCAGGCAGGUUCUGUGCUUGCUGAGGUGGUCCGUGGCGAACUCUUCCUCCACCUGCGGCUUACACAGAGCUGGCCAAAGCAGACCGGGGCUCCUCGGGCUUGUCUUUAGUUCCCUGCCGUGCUGACCCUCUCCUGACUGGCGGGAGUGUGUGGAUUUUCCAGAACGACUUCCAUUUCUAAGCAGAGAGUAGGCUGGGACUUUGCUGAGACAAAGCAACAUUGAUUUUUCCUUUGCUCUUUAUAAGAGGAUGAAGAUUUCUAGUAAAUAAAAUGAUAAAGUUUAAACUUCAAAA